AUGGGGAGGAGGCUGGGCCUGCUCCCCUCCUCCAGAUCCCGCAGCAACCCCGCAGCACCGUCCAGCCCCACAGCCACCUCUCAUUUAUCAGCUGAGGCCAGGCUGGGAGGAGGAGGAGGAGGAGGUGCUGGCGGCUGGUCUUUGAGGGCAGGGGGGCUUCCCAGAGGAGGCGAGGAGGAAGCCAGGGAAGGGGAGGUUGGGACGGGCUGCGGGCCUGUCGUGCCGGGGAACUAG